AUGAAAUGUAAAAAGUUAACAACUAAAAGUAAUAAUAUUUCUUUAACAUCAUUUCCUAAUGAAAUAUUAUUCAUAAUUUUUAUAAAUCUUGAUUGGAAAAGUCUUGAAAUUCUUAAAAGAACUUCUAAAAUUUUUUAUACAAUUAUUGAAGAUGUAUAUUUACCAAGAAAAAAAAUUGAUGAAUUAGAAAUAAGCAGUAAUUAUCAUUCAUUUGACAAUUCAUGGAAAAUAUCUGUUAAAAUCAAGAGUAAUAAUCAUCAAAUUAAAAUUAUUAAUAUACCAUUUGAUGUAAAAAAAAAGGAUGUAAAAAUUUUUCCAAUUGAGAAUGUUCUUGAAAAGUAUUGUUUAAGAAAAAUUGGCAAAAUUGAGAUACAUAUUAUUGAUGAUUCUGUUGUUUUUGAUUUACUAAAUAGAUAUUUCCAGCACGGAACUGAAGUUAAAUAUUUAAAAAUAUUAAUCGAAAAAAGUUCAAUAUUUAAAAGUUUUUGUAAAUUUAUCAAAAAGAUAAAAUAUGUUCAACAUCUAAAUAUCGAAGGUUUAUGUUUUAAUAAUCAAAUGAUUUUUUCAAAUUUUAUUUUUUCUAUAGAAAGAGAUCUCAAAAAAUUAAUUAUUAAUGAGUGCAAAUGUUGUCAUUUUGUUAACCGUAAGAUGAUAGAACAGUUAUUUAAAAAAAAUCCAAGUAUCAGGAUAGUUAAAGUAAACACAAAUGCAAAUGAUAUCGACAAAUUAAUAAUUAAUUGUUUUCAAAAUCGUCCUGAUACAAAAGAUAAUGGAAAAUGUAAUCAUCCAACAUUUAAACUUUAUUUACCAUUUGAUGAGGAAAGAAUAGUUAGAACAGAAUUCAACAGACUUUUUUCUUCAUCAUCUUAUACUUAUCAAGAUUACAAAGAUAAUAAUACUUACAAUACCUCCAGUUUUGGAGCUCUUAAAACAUGUUCAAAUGGUUGUCAUCAGAAGGCAAUAGUUGUGGAUUAUAGUGAAAAUUUUUAUAAUCAAUCAACUGAAGAUGACAUGAGUUUGUAUGAACAUUUCAUUUUAGAUAAUAUUUUUGAAAUUUUUCUUGUCUUCAUAAUUUGUUUUAUUGUAUUAAUUCUUUUUUUUAUUGUUUUUAUUAUUCGUUUUAUUAUGGCUUUUUAG